AUGGGGCUAGAUGAAUACCUUAUGCCUAUGGCUGAUCUAUCCAUAAAUGCAGUUACAAAACAUAAAGUUUUAUCUUUCAUAGAUGGAAAUGCUGGUUAUAAUCAGAUAAAAAUGGCCAAAGAAGAUAUACACAAAACAGCUUUUAGGUGCCCAGGACAUGUUGGAGCAUAUGAGUACUUGGUAGUGUCAUUCAAGCUCAAGAAUGCUGGUGGGAAGGAACAAGCAAUUUACUACCUCAGUAAAAUCCUUACUGAGGUAGAAACAAGGCAUUACAUGUUGCCUUGCCACAUCCACAUUAUUGCCAAGACUGAUGUGAUCAAGUAUAUGCUGUCAAAACCAAUAUUAACUUGGAGGAUUGGAAAAUGGAUUCUAACACUAUCAGAGUUCAGCUUUCAAUAUGUGCCUAAAAAAGCGAUCAAGGGACAAGCAGUUGCAGACUUCUUGGUUGAGCACCAAGAGUCUCAAGAUGAGAUUAUCAACAUCCCAAGAACUUUGGAAGUGGCCAGUGUGUGGAUCUCAUCAAGCAAAGCCUUCUCGGGGCAGAGAAUAAUGGAUCCAACAAGAGAUAAAAAGAAUAGCUGGAUUGUUAUCAUUGAUCCCAAUGGUACUCACCAUUAUUAUUCAUUCAUUCUAUACUAUCAAGAGACUACCAACAAUCGGGCAGAGUAUGAGGCGCUAAUAAUUGGCCUGGAAAUCUUGAUUAAGUUAGGGGCAACUGAAGUUGAAGUGUUUGGUGAUUCAGAGUUGGUGAUCAAUCAACUAAAUGGGGAGUACAAGUGCAGACACAUCACCAUGGUUGGUUAUUACUUGGCAGCCACUCAAUUGUUGGUUUAUUGGGGUACUGAAAUAUCAGUCAGCCAUAUCCCCAGAGAAUCAAAUUCAAUUGCCAAUGAAAUGGCACAAAUGGCUUCUGGAGCACAGAUCCAAGAAAGGAAGUUUGAAGUAAAUAUAGAAGUACAAAAGUGGAAUCUCCCAUCCAUCUUUGAUAGAGGAUUCAACAUAGAUGUGAUGACUAAAGAGCCAGAAAUAGAAGAUUAG